UUUUUCUUCCUUUUCCCUUGUUUGUUGGCCACUGUGUGUGUGUGGUUUUUUUCUGUGUUUUCAUCAUUUUUGGCCCGUUUUUUUCCGAAUUUUGUUUGAAAAAAUUAAAAAAUGGUUGGAAAACGUAAUGGCAUGCUACCGAAUGCCCAUUUCCAUAAGGAUUGGCAAAGAUUUGUAAAAUGUUGGUUUAAUCAACCGAUGCGAAAAAAACGCCGUCAUCAAGCACGUGUAGCUAAAGCUAGAUUAGUUGCACCAAGACCAACCGAAAGACUUCGACCAUUAGUUCAUUGUCCAACAAUUAAAUAUAAUUCAAAAAUUCGUCUUGGUCGUGGUUUUACUAUCGAUGAACUUAAAUCGGCUGGUAUUCCACGUAGAUUUGCUCCAACUAUCGGAAUUAAAGUAGAUUAUCGACGAAAAAAUCGAUCAGUUGAAUCGAUACAACGAAAUGUAUCUCGUCUUAAGGAAUAUCGAUCAAGAUUGAUUUUGUUUCCGAAAAAUUCGAAAAAAUUACGCGCUGGUGAAUCAAGUGCUGAAGAAAUGAAACUUGCACAACAAGUUACCGGAACAAUUUUCCCGAUUGUAAAGAAUAAAAAAUCAUUAAAAUCGGAAAAAUCUCGAGUACCAACCGAAGAGGAAAAGAAAUUUCAUGCUUAUCAUUCAUUACGUCGUGCUCGUGCAAACAAACGUUUGAUUGGUGUUCGUGAAAAGAAAGAAAAAGAAGCAGCCGAAUCAUUGGAUGCACCGAAAAAGAAAUGAAAGAAUUUUGUUUGUCAUUUUUCUUUUUUUGCUUUAAUAUAAUUUGAAAAAAAAUUUGUAAUUAAAAUAAAAUUACUUCAAAAAAAAAAAA